GCUCAGAGUGCAGAGGGCCGCGGGCUCUGCCCCUCGCCCGCCCUCCUCCUCCCCCUGGCCGCCUCCGUCCUCCACUUCAAAGAGCACCCACGAGAGGGGGUUCCCGGGGAGGCGCGCAGCCCAGUGGCGGCUCUGUGGCGCGGCCGCCUUUAUAGCUGUCAGGCAGACAGGGAGGAACUCACACUUCCCACCAGGCUGCUCCCCCGCCCGCCGCCGGCUGGCCUGGCGCACACUUUAACCCACUCCGCGCCUCUGGAGCCCGGCCAGGCCGGCCCAGCUGCCUGCCGACUGCGGCCUCGGCGGCGGCCCAGAGCAGCGAGCCGCGAGCGGGGAGGCCGCCUUCCCGGGUCCGGGACGGGGAACACGCGUUGGGGCGUCCAGGCGGACCAGCCGCGGGCCCGGGGUCACGGGGGAGGUUGGAGGUGGCAAAGCCCGGCCCCAGCCUCGGCCCGGUCCGGCUUCUGCCUCGGGAGGGGAUCCGGUCCUCCGGCGCUCCCCAGAACGGGGUCCGGGGAUGUAGGAGACAGCCGGUCUGACGGCUCCAUUUUACGGAUGGGAAAGGUGAGGUCCGGGCCACCCAGCCGGCCCUGGAAAGGUCCUCCUGAGGAGCAGACGCCUAUGCGAGCGGAGGGACUAAGGGAGACCCAGUGGCGGCUCAGCCAAGGGUUCCGGGGCAGGGACAGAAGUGCCCGGGUGCUGACCGGACGGCCGACAUGGCCAGGGCCGGUGGGGGGCGGGGGGGGGGGGGGGGGGCUGGGGAACCAGCCUGGCUGGGCCCAAGCCAGUCGGGCAGCCCCUGGCAGGCCAGACCUGUGUUCCUGCUGAGUCAGAGUGUGGAGCGGAGGACGGAGCAGGCAGCACACGCUCCAGCCCCCGGGCACCCGGGAGGACCCCGGACUCUGCAAGCGGUCCCCGAAGCAGGGCCUGGCACCCGCCGCUUACACACCAGCCUCCUCCCUGGAGCCCGCCCUCCUGGAGCCCACCAUGUAAGGUGUUCUGAGCCAUCUCAGCCGCGCCCCUGCCUCUGCUGCGCAGGGGUCAUAGGCCUGCACGGGCACCUGGGGAAUCCCCCUCCUCCCCUCCAUCCUCCCUGCCAGAGGAGCUACGGUGAGCUCCUUCAGUGGCCACCUUGGGUGGCUGAGAGUUACCCCGUCCCCGUGGCCUGUCUGGCCGCCGACAGGAACAGUGGAGAAGGAGUAAGAGUAAAACAGCACCGCCCACUCCCGUGCGUGGAGCCCUUCCUGUGCACCGGGAGCUAUGAGGCCAGCAUCUUCGCUAUGCCCAUUUUGCAGAUGGACAGACUGGGGCUUCAAGUCCCACAUCCGGUGUGUGACCCUCCCAGGUGCCUGCCACACUUCCGCCCCACCCCAGCCUCCACCUGGAGGAACCCGCCAAGGUUCUCCCCCGAGGGACACCGGUGAGCCCCCAAACUCCAGACCCGCAGGGAGCUGCACCUGCUGCUUUUUCUGCUGGUGGCCUGGGAACGUCAGGAGAGAACUCAGGAGCCAGGGAAGGCUUCUGGGAGGCCCCCCAAGACCCUAGGAAUUUGGGGCGAAGAAUAAAGCACAGGCAGGACUG